CUCACCAACACUCACCCACGCCUCACCCGACCCAGGCCCGGCACGCCGGAAGUGACGCGUCAGGGAAUGUGUACUUCCGGUCUGCAAGACCGCGCCCUCGUGCGGGGCCCGGCUUCUCUGGCUAGCUGUCUCAGCUCCUCUGGAGGAUUCACACGGAUCUUUAAAGUGCCUCAGCUGAAACCAUGACCAGAUGGGCUAGAGUGACCACCUCAAAUAAUAAGAGACCCUUGUCUGCAACAUCAUGGGAGGACAUGAAGAAGGGAUCUGCAGAGAGCACAGACCAAAACCUUCCAAAGCAUAGACAACGUCAAUUCAGUAGGCUGCCCCUUAAAAAUGAUACCCCUCAAGCAAAACAGAAAAAGAACAAAAAGAAAAAAGAGUACUUAAAUGAAGAUGUGAAUGGAUUCAUGGAAUACCUAAAACAGAACUCGAAGAGGCUUCACAAUGGAGAGUUGAUAGCAACAGACAGCCAGGAAUUACGGGAAGAAAUUGCAGUGGCCUUAAAGAAAGACAGCCGACGGGAAGAAAGACGGUUAAAAAGACAAGCAGCAAAGAAAAAUGCAAUGGUAUGCUUCCAUUGUAGAAGACCUGGGCACGGAGUCGCCGAUUGCCCGGCUGCACUGGAAAGUCAGGACAUGGGCACUGGCAUUUGUUACCGAUGCGGGUCCACGGAGCAUGAGAUCACGAAGUGCAGAGCUAGGGUAGACCCCGCUCUGGGUGAAUUUCCUUUUGCAAAAUGUUUUGUCUGUGGAGAAAUGGGGCACCUGUCUAGGUCCUGCUCUGAAAAUCCCAAAGGAGUCUAUGCCGAUGGUGGCGGCUGUACACUCUGUGGCUCUGUGGAACAUUUUAAGAAAGAUUGUCCUGAAAAUCAGAAUUCAGAUCGGAUGGUCACAGUUGGUCGCUGGACACAGGGAAUGAGUGCAGACUAUGAAGAAGUUCUGGAUCUGCCCAAAACGCAGAAACCGAAAACUAAAGUACCCAAAGUUGUUCAUUUUUAAUAAGAGUUGAUAAUGUUGUUAAUUAACACCUCACUGUUACUUUCCAUAGUAGGCCUUUACAGGUUAGAGCUGGGUGCCUGUGGAGGCAAGUCUGUAUUAUCGACACCACUCUGGUCUUGGUGGAGUUACAUUGCUUGUAGUCUAUCAAGGAAUGCAGGGUGAUUCAUUGCACUCUCUAGAUUCUCGUGUGUGUGUGUGUGUGUGUGUGUGUGUGUGUGUGUGUGUGUGUGUGCGUGUGUGGGGACAUGCAUGUUUGAAACAGUUUCUAUGUUUCUAUGUAGCCCAGGUUGGCUUCAAACUCGUAAUCCAGCCUCAGAGCCCUGAGUGCUGAGAUUACAGGCAUGUGCCAAAGAACAUAAUUUAACACAGAGAACUUAGACCUAACUGACUGUACACUUGACUGACAGUCAUCUCUGUAAAUCUAAAUGAUGCAUCAAAAUUGAUCACCUCUAAACAAAGCAAGCAGCUUCAAGUUUGUGAAUAAGUAAAAUUUUGUUAUUCUUAAUUCAGAGUAUCAAUUUAUUAUAAUAGAAAUUUGUUUGUAUGUUGUCACAAAAUCUGUAAUUUUUAGCACAGAAUAAAACGAUAUCAGCUGUUUAUCUAUGUUGAAUUGGACAUUGUUCACUACUAUCACUCUAGAGUCCCUUUGAAAACAAGAUUGUUUGUAAGUCUUAGUAGAGAUAAACAGGGAUUUGUUUAGUUUGGUUUAGCUUUAAUACUUUUAAUAUUAGAAAUUUCUAAUUACUAAUAUUAAAAUUAAAGAGUACUCCAGCUUCACAGCUCUAUUUUGCCUUCAAUUUUUCAAGAGGAAUUCUAGCCAAAAAAAAUCAAUGUGCAGUAUUCAGACAGAGUGACGGUAUGACAGCUUGUGUAUUAGACUUCCCAGUGUUGUGUUCCCAUGCUGUAGAUGAGUCAGGGUGUGAUGGAAGCAUCACCAUAAUAGAGUUAGAACACUAAUCAGAGACCCAUUAGCUUCUUUGUCUGAUUUGAUGAAUACAUGCAUAUUUAAUACAUAUAUUUCACAAGCCCUGCCAUGGCCAUUGUGCAGUAUAAUGGAAUGACUGGUGGUUUUUGAGUUUCAUUUGAAAUUUUACCUGAUUGAAUCCAUUUGUAACUGAAGGAAACAGCUGUGAUUAGUUACUGAUGCCUCAAAAGCUAAAUAUUUACCAAAUAAGAAAAGAAGCUCUUUGUCUGUUUUCAUGUCUGCACAGCCUAACAGUUCGAGGCUUAAUAGGAGCUGUUCUUUUAUUUUCGGUGAGGGGGAAAUGUGAUGACAAACAGUGCUCUGCAUCCCAGAGCUUAAGGAAAUGAGUGCACUUCAAAUGAAUUGCAAGCUCCGCUGCUGGAGAGGAUCGUGAAUGCUGUGGAGUGCAGACUGCCCCAUCCUCACAGGAGCAAGAGGAAGCAUGUGCUUUUCAACAGUCCUGACUGCUGCAAUGCUGGUGGCCAGUUUGCCUUGCCUAGAUCACGCUUCAUGUUAAUGGUUUAAUCUGUCAGGGAGUGAAAGCAGUAAAGAGAAAUUACAGGUGCUGAAAGUGCACAGGGGCUGCAAGGAAUGUCCCCCAGGCAGGAUGAACAGGAGACCAGAGUGGAUAUUUCUUGAACUGGGAAUGCCAGAGAAGGUUGACAUGGACUUUGUCUACCCAGGAUUCGAGCACUGCUUGUACGAGGGCACUGGGAUUAUGGCUAUGAAUAAGCGAGGCCACAUGUAUUUCGGUUAGUGGGACUGAAGAGUGGAGUUAAAUUGGGGAAAACUGCCAUGCCUGGCUUUUACAGUGGGGAAUCUAAACUCGGUUCCUUAUGCUUAUACAAUGUUAUAUGUGCAUAAUAUAUUUGUGUAUAUGUUAUGGCAA